AUGCACUGGGGAUACCUCGUCACUGGCCUGGCUUUCUUUGCCGUAAAAGGAAGUGGUUGGCCCUACGAUGAGACUCUCACCGACUAUAAUAUCAACGAGAACGAAUUCGCAACCAAUCCUGUUGAUUAUUGGGGAGAAUGGCCUGACCACACGUACUUUCCUUCGCCAGAAAACUGGCGCUUUCCUGUAUAUACACUCUUCCUCGACCGAUUCGUGAACGGCGAUCCAACAAAUGACAAUAUCAACGGGACGCUAUUUGAGCACGACAUCAACUCCAAUCAAAUGCGGCAUGGGGGAGAUGUGGCCGGUCUUCUCGAUACUUUGGACUAUUUACAAGGAAUGGGAAUCAAGGGUAUUUACCUUGCUGGAUUGGUGCUGAUGAACCAGCCUUGGGGAUCAGAUGGCUACUCUGCCCUCGAUACGACAUUGUUGGAUCAGCAUUUUGGAACUAUCGAAACCUGGAGAUCUGCCAUAACCGAGAUUCAUGACCGAGGGAUGUGUGUCAUAUUUGACAACACAGUGUCAACGAUGGGAGAUCUCAUUGGUUUCGAAGGGUACAUGAAUACAACCACGCCGUUUUCCACCAAAGAACACAAAGCAGCCUGGAAAUCUGGACGACGCUACGUGGACUUCGAGUUAGGCAACAACUACAAUGAAACAUGCGACUAUCCUCGAUUUUGGAACGAAACUGGAUACCCUGUUGACGACUACGUUUAUGAGGAGCUGACCGGAUGCUAUGACAGUGACUUCGAUCAAUAUGGUGAUAUUGAGGCAUUUGGCGUCUUCCCUGACUGGCAACGUGAACUCGCCAAAUUCGCCUCCGUCCAAGAUCGUCUACGCGAGUGGGUUCCCAGUGUGCGAGAGAGAAUCAUCCGGCAUUCAUGCAUGAUCAUUUCCUCACUUGAUAUUGAUGGUUUCCGCUAUGACAAAGCAACGCAAGCCACCGUUGAUGCUCUGGCGGAUAUCUCCGGCGCGUAUCGUGAGUGCGCGAGAAGCGUGGGUAAGGAGAAUUUCUUCUUGCCCGGUGAGAUUACCAGUGGAAAUACAUUGGGAUCUAUUUUCCAUGGCAGAGGUCGACAGCCUGAUAUGCAACCUGAGACUCUGGAGGAAGCAUUCACAUUAACCAACGAGUCGGAUACUAUAUUCUUUCUUCGAGACCAGGACCAACAGGCGACAGACGGUGCUGCCUUCCAUUAUUCCGUCUACCGGUCACUCACACGAUUCUUGGGCAUGGAUGGUAAUUUGGCUGCCGGAUAUGAUGUUCCUGUCAACUGGACCGAAGCGUGGUAUCAGAUGGUUCUCACCAACGAUAUGAUCAAUGCCAACACCGGCAAAUUUGAUCCACGCCACAUGUACGGAGCGACAAAUCAAGAUGUGUUCCGUUGGCCUGCUGUUGAAUAUGGUAUUGAAAGACAAUUACUGGCACUGUUCAUCACCACAUUGCACAUGCCUGGUAUUCCGUUGUUGUUGUGGGGUGAGGAGCAAGCAUUCUAUAUUUUAGAUGCUUCAGCUGCCAACUAUAUCUACGGUCGCCAAGCAAUGUCACCAGCUACUGCUUGGAAAAACCAUGGAUGCUUUCAGUUAAAUUCCACACAAUAUUUCCAGUGGCCUAUCGAAUCCGGGCGAUUGGGCUGCCACGACGAGACUGUCUCCUACGACCACCGCGAUCCCGCUCACCCCGUGCGAAAUAUCAUCAAACACAUGUACCAGAUGCGACAAGACUAUGGUGCAUUGAAUGAUGGGUGGUGGGUCCAGCUUCUCUCAAGUCGGACGCACAACAUAUAUUUGCCAGGCUCCAAUGGUGUGCCGACAGAGACAGGAAUCUGGUCUGUUCUGCGCAGCCCUUACUACCAGAUGCAGGAUCUAGGAGAGAUGGGAAACCAAACAGUGUGGUUUGUUUACCACAACGGCAACAAGACAGUGGAUUAUGAGUUUGAAUGCUCUGAUCUCAACACCGCCAUUAUUGCUGCUUUCGAUGCAAACACCACCGUCAAGAAUCUAUUCUAUCCACACGACGAGCUGACCCUGCAAGAAGGUCCAGUGAAACUGGGGUUGAACGGCUCUGAAAAUCACAAUGGCUGUGUCAACAUGAUCAGUCUGGCACCAUAUGAGUUCAGGGCCUAUAUACCCAAGGACAAAUUCAUCCCACCGCGCCCCAUGAUCACCAAAUUCUUACCGGGACAUGAUGUUCCCUUGCUUUCUUCUGUGGCGCCCGAUAAGAGCGAGUCUGUGGAAAUAGGAUUCUUCUUCUCUACAGAAAUGGAUUGCUCCAAGAUGACAGAUUCUAUCUCGCUGCAAUCUACCACCGAAUCAGGAGAAGUUCCUUCAUUGGACCUCAAUAGCGUGAACUGCGAGAGUAUGCUGCCAGAGACCACAUCCUGGUCUGGUCAUAUUCCUUCUGUUUGGGCUUGGAGAGCAACAUUGACUGGAGUGUACAACGGCGUGCACAAGUUGACUGUGAAUAAUGCGAGAAGCACCGAUGGAAGAUCAACACAGGCGGUCGAUCACUUCCUCAUUCGAAUCGGGCAACAUGACAAUCCAAUUGUGUUCACGUCCGCAAAUUAUUCGAGAAGCUUACUCCAUGAGAAGAAGGAUGGCACCCUAUCCAUUUCGCAACACGCGGCUGGAGCUGAUAAAUAUCGAUACUCAACCAAUUGGGGUAGCACCUUUUCAGACUGGCUUCCCUAUGAAGGUGGGAAUCAUACCAUUACAGAGUCACCUUGGUCAGGGACAAAGAAACAAGAAUGGGACGGCAAACAUGUUCGAGUCGAAUAUUGGAGUCGUCUUACAGGGAGCAGCGACUAUGUCCAAGAGGGCGAUGGGGUGAAUUGGAAUCCGAAUCUUCAUCGUCGCUUCCCCCAUCUGUUCUUCAAUGGGCCAUUUAAUCAGUAUGGCUACGAUGCCGGCCUGGAUAACAAUGUCAGACAAGACAGUGAUGGGAUAUGGAAGUUCCGCUUCAUGGCGGAAUGGCCAGCCCAGGGCCAACUGAACGUCUGGGGAAUCAAUCCUGAUAACCAGCCAGAUCAAAGCUAUAUAUAUGGAGACUCGAAUGGAGACUUGAUCCUCGACCGUCUGCCUCCUUCCUCCCUCAGCGUGACAUCGAUCAAUAUCACCGACCAUCCACCUGAUCCUCAUCUGGCUUGGAGGCUUCAUCUUGAUGACUCGAACCUACAAUUCAAGCUUGUGCCAGAAGGAUCCAAAUAUGUUCAAAUGGCUCUAUUUUUGCUACUCUGGAUCAUGCCAGCUAUCACAGCAGCUAUUUGUGCGUUUGUGUUCAUGAAGACAUUCUAUCGCAUCAGGUUCAACCAGAUUGGCGUGAGCGAGAAGAAACCCCCCGUGUGCACGGAAUUCAUGAACAAAUUCAAACCCGGUCACAUGGAGAAUGGUCAAUCCAGAAACCCUCUGGUACGCUUUGCCAAUAAGUCCAGAUUUCUUCAAAGCAGCUCUGCAUUUGGCAACCGGAACGCCCAUCGACGUAAAGUGCUGAUCGCCACCAUGGAGUACGAGAUUGAAGACUGGGCCAUCAAGAUCAAAAUUGGUGGUCUGGGAGUGAUGGCUCAAUUGAUGGGCAAGCAGCUCGGUCAUGAAGACAUUAUUUGGGUUAUACCCUGCGUUGGUGGUGUGGUUUAUCCCGUGGAUAGACAUGCCGAAUCCAUGUUCGUGAUGAUUUUGGGAAACUCGUAUGAGAUCAAGGUCCAGUAUCAUCAAUCGAGAAACAUCACCUACGUUCUGUUGGAUGCGCCGGUGUUCCGCCAACAAUCUGCCUCGGAGCCAUACCCAGCUCGCAUGGACGAUAUGGACAGUGCGAUAUAUUACUCUGCCUGGAACCAGUGCAUUGCUCAGGCUAUGAGACGCUUUCCAGUGGAUCUGUACCAUGUGAACGACUAUCAUGGCGCAGUUGCUCCUUUAUAUAUCCUUCCGGAGACUAUCCCAAUCUGCUUGUCGCUCCACAAUGCCGAAUUCCAGGGUUUGUGGCCUAUGCGUACACAGAAAGAGAAGACUGAAGUCUGUUCAGUGUUCAAUCUCGAUUUGGAUGUUGUCACACGCUAUGUUCAAUUUGGAGAAGUCUUCAAUCUUCUGCACGCUGGCGCUAGCUACCUGCGUCUUCAUCAGCAGGGGUUCGGCGCAGUUGGAGUCUCCAAGAAGUACGGAAAACGUUCAUAUGCCCGGUAUCCCAUUUUCUGGGGACUGCGAAAAAUUGGCAAUCUACCGAAUCCAGACCCCUCAGAUACUGCAGAGUGGAACAGGGCAUUACCCAAAGAGCGUGAUAUCAAUGUCGACAAAGCGUUUGAGACUGGAAGAGCAGAGCUGAAGCGUCAAGCCCAAGAGUGGGCCGGGUUAAAACAGAGAGCUGAUGCUGAGUUAUUGGUUUUCGUGGGCCGAUGGUCAAUGCAAAAAGGAAUAGACCUCAUUGCCGAUGUGCUACCUGGUGUUCUGGAGGCCCGACCAAACGUCCAAUUGAUAUGCAUUGGGCCUCUCAUUGAUCUAUAUGGCAAGUUUGCUGCCUUGAAACUGGACAGGAUGAUGAAGCUUUAUCCCGGACGUGUGUACUCGAAGCCUCAAUUCACGAUCCUACCGCAUUUUGUCUUCUCCGGUGCCGAUUUUGCGCUGAUACCUUCACGCGAUGAGCCUUUCGGCCUUGUCGCUGUUGAAUUCGGGAGAAAGGGAGCUCUGGGCAUCGGUGCCAGAGUCGGAGGUCUUGGUCAGAUGCCCGGCUGGUGGUAUACUGUUGAGUCAACGACAACCUCUCACCUGCUGAAGCAAUUCAAGUUGGCAAUUGACAGUGCACUGAAUUCCAAACACGAUGUCCGAGCAAUCAUGCGCGCCAGAUCUGCAAAACAGCGAUUCCCGGUUGCCCAGUGGGUUGAAGAUCUGGAAAUCCUGCAGUCAACGUCGAUUCGAGUUCAUCACAAGGAGCGCGCCAAAACCCAGAGCCCGUCUGCGGCAGCUGGAGCCUACAAUGCCAUAUAUGGGAUGAUGACGCCGCAAGGCCCGUCGAGCAGAUCUGGAGCUUCAACGCCGCCCUUGUUCGCUUCGAGUCGUCCGGGUACCAUGGGGUCCUUGCAGCGAAGCUCGAUAGUGUAUAGCCGUGACCCAAGCCCUGGUGAUGGCAGACCCAGAUCAGGCCUCAGCCCUCAAAUGCCCGAUGCUCGACCGAUCUCUGCCAGUGCGGAGCCCCGUGGUCGGCGCGAUUUUGGCAGGAGCAGUGUGGUGGAAGAUGGAAGUGCCACCGACAGGGUUCCCCCCGAGGCUGAAGAGGAUAGUGAUGAGGAGAUGAUGGCAACCUGCUUUGGAGAUGACGAUUAUUCAAUAUCUACAGACGGGGUAGAUUCUGUUCGAGCGCAGACCCCUCAGCCCAGUGGAGCUCUCACCAGAGAAGCUCUGUCUGCCCAACGUGCAAGCCAAGGCUCACUGCUUGCUCGAUACAGCAAUACGCCAUCCACCUCAACGGCCCCAAGCACCGUAGGCACCGAAGAUACCUUGAUACCCCCAUCCCUCCCUUGGACCGAGCCAGGCAACCGCCUUAGUAGCGCAUCGGUACUGUCCGUCGAUUCAGUGGUGGGGGAGAAGAAGGAUUUCAAGCUGCAGAAGGUGGAUCCAUUUUUUACAGAUAGCAAUGGAGAGUACUACAAAGUCUUUGAGAAGAGACUUGAGGAACUCAAUGGGGCAAACUCGGACACGCAACUUUGCAUCGAACAAUACCUGGAAAAGAGCGAGAAGAAAUGGUUCAACAAAUUUCGCGAUGCGCGCCUCGGUCGCAACCAGGGAUCUCCAGCUAGCUCAGUGUAUCGAGGCAAAGGCGGCCCAUCUCCUGAUGGCUCUGUCACCAACGACGACGCGGCAUCUCGUGACAGCGGCCCCGAACCGAAGGCAGGACCAAACGAUGAGUUCCUACUGGGAGACGACUACAUACCACCAACGGGGCUAAAGAAGUGGAUGCAGAUUCGCAUUGGGGAAUGGCCAGUAUAUUCCCUCUUCCUUGCACUGGGACAGAUCAUUGCUGCAAACUCAUACCAAAUCACCCUGCUCACUGGGGAGGUCGGCCAAACUGCCGACAAGCUAUAUGGCAUUGCGACUGUGUAUCUGAUCACCUCCAUCCUCUGGUGGUUCUUCUUCCGCUACUGCAAAUCUGUGGUUGUCCUCAGUGUGCCCUGGCUGCUGUAUGGCACAGCCUUCUUGAUCAUUGGCAUGGCGCACUUCGAGCCCAACCCGUACAGCCGGGGGUGGAUUCAGAAUAUUGGGAGUGGUCUGUAUGCUGCUGCAUCGUCCAGCGGCUCCAUCUUCUUUGCGUUGAAUUUCGGGGAUGAAAGCGGAGCACCAGUCAAGGAAUGGGUCUUCCGCGCAUGUCUGAUUCAGGGGACACAACAGGCAUAUGUCAUUGCUCUUUGGUAUUGGGGAUCGACUCUGACAAAGGCAAGCAAUGCUGGAAUCGCGAAUUCGCAGGGCAGUAUAUCCAACACCUGGAAAAUGACAGCGAUAUGUACGCCCAUCACCCUCUUCCUGUGGGCAGUCGGUCUCAUCAUCUACUUCGGUCUGCCAAAAUACUACCGCCAGAGCCCAGGCAAGGUCCCGUCAUUCUACAAAUCGGUCUUCCGGCGCAAGAUAGUGAUCUGGAACUGGAUAGUGGUCAUCAUCCAGAACUUCUUCCUCAGUGCUCCAUACGGUCGGAAUUGGAACUUCCUUUGGAUUACACAGCACGCCACCGGCUGGCAGAUACUCCUUCUCUGCUUGGCCUUCUUUGGCUUCGCCUGGGUUGCAAUUCUCUUCAUGCUAGCCAGACUAUCGAAAUCCCAUAGCUGGAUCCUACCGGUAAUCGCUUGCGGCUUGGGGGCUCCGCGUUGGGCUCAAAUAUGGUGGGCCACAUCCGGGUCUGGUCUCUUCCUUCCCUGGGCUGGAACGUAUACCGCAGGAGCUCUCGUUUCUCGCAGCUUGUGGCUCUGGCUCGGGGUUUUGGAUGCACUGCAGGGUGUGGGAUUCGGCAUGAUUCUCCUGCAGACCCUGACCCGCAUGCACAUCUGCUUCACCCUGCUUGUGUCCCAGGUACUGGGAUCCCUUGCAACCAUAUGUGCUAGGGCGUUUGCGCCGAAUAACAUUGGACCUGGGCCUAUCUCGCCCGACAUCACAGCUGGAGCGGGUGCGCUUGCGAAUGCUUGGUUCUGGGUUGCUCUCCUACUGCAACUCGCGAUAUGCGGCGGCUUCCUACUGUUCUUCCGGAGAGAACAGCUCUCCAAGCCUUGA